CGGUAGAUUCUACGGAUACAUCUGGAGAGACGGGAAGACGGGUACCAAGCCAUCCUACCAUCCGUUUCUAUUUUCAACCCUCCACUGCUCACGUUUACGUCGUGUCCACAGCGUCACGACGCCAAUGUGCUGGCAAUGCGGGCAACAAAAACAAACACCAACUGAAGCAUGACGAGGAAGACUGGGAACAUGGCUGAAUGCUUCUCUUAUGGAGGGGCCAUCCCUCUUCCCCCGGCUUUGCCAGGCCAGUGCGGCAAUGGCGGGAAAUCAGCCGUCGGUAACAUGUCCUCCUCGUCGUUGAUCAAUCUUCACACCACACGGUCUUCCUUGUCGAAGCUUCAUCAUGAUGGCUGGCCCGUUCGUGUCACUCACUGCCAUCCCAUCUUCGACAAUGGCUGUGACGAGAACCUGUACCAAAAAUCACUCAGCAUGCCAACAACAAGACCGAAGAAACUCAUCAAUUGCAAACACUCGUGGCAGCGUUGGCAAGGGAGAGCCAUGUCUCGAGAUACCAUGUGCCGAUACACGCUUGUUGGCAGACUGUCUCACGGCUAUCGUCUCGUGUUUCAACCCACUUCGUCCUACACACUCACUUCCUCAGCUUCUUCGAUAGUCGAGACACAUCACAGUCAGUACGGAGUACGGAUACGGAUACUCGCCGUCCAAGUCGUUUCCCCUCAUUCAUCUGUAGUGAUGUUGAUGCAUUUUCUGGGGUACGGCCGGCACCCUCCCCGUCCGAACACGGUUCACAAGACGGUUGUGGGCGACAGCUCGCAUGCUGGCUGGUGCAGGACGACCGAAAUCGGCAAGGUGGACAACUGCAUACACCAAAUAACGAUCGAUUGAGAGACGGGCAACAACCUGCACAGCGAGACUAUGGUU